AUGACAAAACGGUCAUCGUUGAUCCGAGACUUGGAAGUGGAUUGCGUCCCAGCCUUUGAACGGGAUGAAAUCAUUCCGUUCUUGGGCGACAAGCUCGGAAAGGGUGGUUUCAAUACCGUAUAUGAAUUGGAAAAGAUUAAUCUUGAUGAACAGUCUCCUUGUAAUGAAGCACAACGUCAACAAAGAGGACUAGUAGUUCGCAACGUGAGCAAGAAACUGGCAGUCAAGUUCUUGAACGAAUCUGCCAUGGGAAACUCGAACGAAUUUUGCAAUGGGGCUGCUGAUUUGCUAUUGGAGGCCAAGUAUUUGAGUGCUUUGAGUAAUCAUCCGCACCCUUCAAUUAUCAACUUGCACGGAGUUGCCGCGGCAGGAGCAGCUGGAUUCGCCACUGGUCAAAUGGGAGGGUACUUUCUAAUUGUGGAUCGAUUGUACGAUACUUUGGACAAGCGAAUUGAGCUUUGGAAGGAACUUAGAAGACGAAAGCUGCGGCAUUCAUCUGAAUCCAAUGUUAAGCUUUUGCAGGCUAUGUUCCUGCAGAGAAUUACUGUUGCUUGUGAUAUCUGUUCGGCCAUUCGCCAUUUGCACCGACUCAAAAUUGUCUUUCGCGAUCUAAAGCCUGACAAUGUUGGCUUCGAUUUUGAUGGCCGCGUCAAGCUUUUUGACUUUGGACUUGCCAAAGAGUUGGACCCUUUGCAAAAGACCCCAGAAGGCGACUAUGAGAUGAGUGGAGGAACUGGUUCUCGUCGUUUCAUGGCACCUGAGGUCUCACUUGGCGAGCCAUAUCACUUGUCAGCUGAUAUUUAUUCUUUUGCCAUUUUGUUUUGGGAAUUGUGUGCCUUGGAGAAGGCCUUUGGAAGAAUGAGUCAAGAAGAACACAAAGAACGAGCAAUUUACAACGACGACAGACCACCAAUCAAGAAGGAGUGGAAGCCAGAAAUUUCAGCUCUGCUGCAAAAGUGCUGGAAAAGGAAUCCGAGGGAACGUAUUGAUGCUGCAGAUUUGUACCAAAAACUUCGUCAUGAAGUCAACCUUUAUUACGAAGAAGGUUUUGAAGAAGUUGAGGAAUUGGGGCAAGAGCGAAAACUGUGCAUAUAA